AUGGGCGUUCAAAGCAAGCUGCUUGAUCCGCUGUGCGUUACCUGCCAGGAGUUUCAGCAUCCCUGGACGGAUAAGUGCGUAAAUGCCACGGCGGGCAUAUUGCUAUCAGCUACGCCCUAUUGUUUGCGUGUCUACACAAUCGUCUACGCCUUUUCAUUGCUGAUGCGCCAACGUAUACCAACGCUGGAGGACUUAAAGCGCACGCUGCUAGGCAUCAUGCAGUCCACAGCCUUUCUGGUGACCAAUGCCUACACCUUUAUCCUGUACAAUUGCUUGCUGCGCAAUCUACUGGGUCGCUAUUACUUUGGCACUGUUGCCUUUUUGCCCUCGUUUCUGUCUUCGCUCACAGCCAUUAUGGUGGAGCGCCCGGCGCGCCGUCCGCUGCUGACGCUCUAUGUUGCCAAUGUUGCCACGGAAGCACUCUGGAAAAUGGCAGAAUCUCGGAACUGGGUGCGUUCGGUGGCUCAUGGCCAGACAAUUAUAUUUGCCUGCAGCAUGUCGGUACUUUUGUACUUGUACCGCAUAAGCGCAAACGACGACUCCAUCUUCAAUAUACUACGCAUUUUUGUGGGCAAAGAGGAGGCCGGUCCGGUGGUGAUUUCCGAGCCCCUGGCAUCCGGCGAGCAGCCGGCACCCUCACGCCGUCGACCCAGCGUCAGAUUCGCCACCACCGCCGAUUGGGUGCGUGUCUACACCAACCUAAUCCACGCCAAGCAUGAAAGCUGCCGCCAUAAGCAGAGCUGCCCCAGCUAUGCCAUAUUGGGUGGCUUGCGUCCCUUUGCGGGCGGCGUGGCGCUGCAAGUGGCAUUAAAGCUGGUGAUGAAUAUGAAAACAAUAUUCCAAGGUCGUAUGCCGUGGCGCAAACAAAUCUUCAACAGGGGCACAUUACAGCUGGGCAUCUUCAUGGGCAGCUUCUCCUUCCUUUACAAGUCCAUGUCCUGCCUACUGCGCCACUGCUUCAAUCGGGAUCACGCUCUAUUUUCAGUACCUUCAGGUCUGGUGGCCUCAUUGGCCUUCACCCAAUAUCCAGACAAUACAGUCGCCUUGUACGUCAUGUGGAAGGCCAUACAAAUACUCGCCACCAUGGGCCAAGAGCGGGGCAUUCUUCCACGCAUUCCCAACUUUAUGCUUUACACUUAUGCCUUCUUCACAGCUGUGCUCUUCCAUGCAGGCAUUAUUGAGGCGCAGUCGCUGCGACCCAACUACUACAAAUUUUUGCAGGCCAUAUCGGGCGAGAGGCUAAACAAAUUCAAUUUGAGCGCCUUCGACGUUUUUGGCCUGAAUACUCAGCAGCAGACGAACGAAAUGCUGAAAAGCUUGAAAAUCAUUGACAAAAAGACGCUGCCCGCUUUUGCGUUUGCCUCCUGAGCUAACCCACGGUUAAUGUAGAACUAAAUCGAGCUACAGAAGUGUCAACACAAUAAGUCUCAGCACUUAAAGUGCGCAUAUUUAGCGUGAAAUACGCGCCUCUCAAUUACCAUAAUAUUCAUAGUGUGAAUCUAUAUAUAUAUAUAUAUAUAUAUAUAUGUAAGUAUCUAAGAAACCCAAUUCUACUAUACGCCGCACUCGUGGGCGUGUGUAUAUCCAUCGCGCGUGCAGGUUAAACAAACUAGUUAGUAUGGGGUAUAUUGACAAACUAAUUGAGUGUUUUUAUUUUUGUUAUCAAAGUUUAAUAAAAAGCAAUUUGGCUUUAGCUCUUAA